UUGUAAACAAAAGUUUCAACCGCAGCAAGCGCCGACAAGUUUCGCAAUCGUUCGAUUUUUCCUGUGUUUCGUGGUGAAAACUCAAAUUCUGUGACCCGUCGUUCAAUGUUCCGUGCCAGUUGAGAAUGCCUUCGACGCGUAAUUCAAGCCGAUCGUCAACGGGGAGCUCGUCGGAAGCUUCCACCGUAAUUGAGGCCACCACCGCCGUGCUGGGCAAGCGGACGUCCAGCCUGCGGUCAGCGUCGUCCUCGCAGGAGGAAAACGACGCCGCGUUGAGUAAGAGGUUCAAGUUUGGGCUGAGCAUAGCGGAGGAGCGCCGGAACUUGCGCAAGUUGAAGAACAUUACGAACACGGUGCUGACGGCGGAGGGCGCGGCCACCGUGGAGAACCGGAAGCGGAAGAAGGUGGUGGUGGGUGAGGAGGGUGGUGGUAAGAGGAAGAAGGACGGGGAGGAGAGUGCGGAGGCGAUCGUGGCGGAGAGUCAGCAGAAGCUGCGGGAAUCGCUGGGGAAGCACUACUUUGACGUGGCGAGGAGGUUGAACCUGGAGUACGAGCCUGGGUGUUUGAGGAAUGUGAAGCAGUGUGCGGAACGACACGCGAAUAGGAUGGUGCAGGCCAGGAGGGUGGAUUUGGGCCGGCAGAGGGACACGAAGGAGCUGUUGAUUGAGGCCCGUCCGCUGCAGUUUUUGGAACAUUUGGAGUUGGCUUUGAUGCGGAAUCAGUUUAUAGAUUCGCAGCUGUUUACGAAAACUUUGGAGGUAAUUUUGACCAUCAACCCGCCGUCGUCGGAGUUGAACGCCGAUUACAGGAUCAGUUCCGUGCUGGAGCACGCCACAAGUGUGCUGGACCGCACCGUGGAACAGUUUCCACCGUGUUGGCUGGAUCUUCGAGCAUCCUACCAAGGGAUCAUCUUUGGAAGUCUUGAAGAGGACUGCUUCUCGCGGUACGAUCGCAGCGAAGGUCUGCUGAAAGUGGUGCUAUUUCUGCUGGAGACUUGCGUUGAAAGUGACCCCGCUGCCGGGCGUCUUCACAAAACGGCGAGUAGCAACAUGACCUCGAUGAUGGCCACCUUCCAUCAGUGGGAAAUGGAGAACAAUCAAAAGUACGACUUUGAUCUGCUUUCGAGAGAUGAGCGAUUCGAACGGCUUUUUAUCGUUCUAUCGAUUCUGGUCAAAAUUUUGGAGCUUGAUCUUUCGAUGUGGAUUCUGCGGCAUCCGCACAAGACGAAAGAGAACAUGCAAAAGGACACGCGAAAGCCACUGCUUGUGAGUGUCCUCUGGAACGAGCACUCGACGGUGGGUGAGGUGAACUCGUUCGUCCGUCGGAUUGUGACGAUGUACGUGAACGUGGUGGCGCUACGAUUUCCCAAAGAGGACGUGCGAGUCGUGGCGCGCCUCCUCUCCGUGAUCGGCACCACCAUCAACCUGUCCGAGAUCCAGUACGACGGCACCGUCGACUACCCGUGCAUCAAGGACAACACGCGCUACUUCGUCCGGCAAAUCUCCCGCCAGGUUGAAUCCUCCCCGUACUACAGUAUGUCGCUCUGUCUGCGGGUCAUCGAACAGAUGCGCUCGCCCCUAAUACGGAUGAUCCUGGUGGACGACCUGCUGCACCGGUUCAACCACCAGCUGGACUCCUCCGCCGGCCCUUGCGCUGCUUCGUACAUGAAGCAUCUGGUCAAGGGCCGCUGGCGCAGCUGUGCCGUUGACGACGGCGCACUUCAGCAACCCUCCGACCUCCCCCCGGAGCGUUACCCCUUCCUAGACCGACGUCGCACGCGAAAGUCCGCCCACGAAAUUGGCCGCACGCAGUACGUGAACCUGCUGCUGACCGGCUUCCGCGCCUACAUGCAAGUGUUCCCCGUAACGCACUACUUCGCCAGCUUCAAAAAGCAACCCCCCGCCCCCACAAGUUACGCGACCCGCUCCCCCUCAAAGUCCCCCAAGCGGCUCUCGACCGAGCAACUCCGAGGGCAUCGGUUCGAUUUCCGAGCGCUGGAGAGGCGCAUCAACGUGCUGGAAGUGCAGCGCAAACGCAACCGGACGAUCGUGCGACCCGCGGCGGAACGGCCCGUUCCGGUGGACGCCGCCCCGCUGGUGCUCGAGGAGGUUAACGUGACGCCGGCGCUGCUGGUUUACUACCGGGAUGAGCUGAAGCACCUGCUGCUGGUGCAGCGCUGGCUGAGGACCAGGACGGCGGAGCAGGAAGAACGGGACAUGUUUGCCGGCUGGCGGAAGUAUUUGGCGUCGAUCGACGAGACGUUAUCGUGCGAGUAGAAGAUUCUGUAUUUAAAUUAAAGCCGAUUAUGUUUAGUCCUUUUUGGUGUAUCAAGUCAAAUUAAGCAAGAUUAAACUUUCUUUCAGAGAAA